AUGUUUGACCUACCCAAUCUCCAUAACGUCACGGCCACCCUCUUGGUGUUACUGCAGUUCAUAAAGGAGCUGGUGAACACCACAUGCCUGCAGCGGUAUAGUAUCUCCUUGAAGCAGUGUUAAGUGACUUAUCUGGUCCUUCAUCUUCUGCAUCUGGGGUCUCUGUGUGCCAGCCGCCUCACCUCAGUGUAUGGGAGGUAAGGACCAGAGGAGGCUGGUGGAGGAGCAUUAUAGGAGGACAGGCUCAUUACAAUGAGCCUAGGAUCCUAUAGCUCCUCCCACCAGCCUCCUCUGGUAAGGACCAUGGCGUAGUGGUAGACAGUGUCAGGCUUCAUACUGGGCCUAGACUUGGGGAAUGAAACCUGGUCAUGUAAGGCCUUUGGCCUCUUAUUUGAAGGUGUGUUGGUGUGGUUACUAUUUGAUGUAGUAGAACAUUAAUGAUGUUGAUUUUGUCCACUAGACUUUCCAGAAAGAGAUGCCUGUUGUUGAACAACCUGUUUGUCAUUGACGGUGCUGUGAUGAUGCUGUUGAGCAAAACGGCCAUGUCCUUUGAGAUGAUCAUUGUUGGACAUUUCCUCUAUGGCAUUAAUGCAGGUAAGCUGAUUUUCAUCUUACGAAUUGAUAUUAUUUUACUGUAGGCCACAAAACAAGGUAAUCUUAUACCUGUCUUUUAAUAUCUCACUAGAGGAAUUAUGCUUCCAAACUGUGUCUAUGAUGUGGUUUGUCCUUUCCUGUAUGUGCUGCAGGUGUUAGCCUCAGUCUCCACACCAUGUACCUGAUGGAAUGUACCCCCUAA